AUGGUGCAGGAACUCUGUAAUCUAAAAAAAUACCGUAUUUGUUUGUUUGUUUAUUUAUUCGAAUUUCCGAUAACGCGGUGUAAUACUAAACCCCUCGAAUAUACCUACACGAAGGCCGUAUUGAUCUUUAACCUCGGUUGGACUGAUUAAUCCAAAAUUCCCGUGUUUUUAAGUUUAUUUUGUGUUUUUAAUUCCCGAUAGAACGCGGAGUAAUACUAAACAACCGAACUAUAAUCCCCUGUCAUCAUCAAACCACCCUCAGUGAUAAUAUUCUAAAAGUUUGCGCACAUGCCUUUUAUGUUCAAUUAAUUUAUCUAUUCUACGAGAUUUAUUGAAAAUAGGAAGAGUGGUCCGGACGCGACAUGACACGAGGAAUAAUAUUUUAUAAUUAAAUAGUUUGCUAAUAUCCGCUAUGUUUUUUCGUCUCCGGGAACAUCUAUCAACCGAUAACUGCAUACGCUUGCAACAGCUUCGUUCUAAGUAAGGCCAUUUUUCAUUUUUGACGUUCAGCUGUUGACGGAUUAUAUAUAGGAGACAGGGAAAGGAAAGUAUAUUAAUUACCAUUUUUAAAAUCUUGAUCAAAGUUGGGAGAAAACGUCUAAUUGAAAUCCUGAUCAGACAGUUCGGUACAUCGUCUUUAAACAAGUACAGCCGAACGUAAACCCUAUUUUAUUUCUUUAACAAGGCGGACAGGAGCUGAAAUGCAAACUCUUUAAAACUCAAAGGAAAUUAGUCCAAGAACUGUGAUUUAAAAGAAAUACACAAUUAGACCAUCAAGAUGGACGAAAAUACGAAUUGUAUCUGUGGAUCGACUUCAAAGAGUGUUCGUCUGCUGUUUCUUGUGCUCUUUAUGAUUGGUUAUCUAUGUUUUGGCGCCUUAAUAUUCGCCAUCUUGGAACAGCCUGUAGAGAAUAAGUUGGUGAAUAAUUUAAGACAGAAAAGAGUUGAUUUAUUACAGAAUCACCAGUGUAUUACAGAUGAUGAUUUAGAAGCAUUUAUAAUAGAAGUUGUGUCCGCAGCUAAUCGAGGGGUUUCUGCUGUUAAUAAUGUGACCAUGACAGAUGCUAACUGGAGUUUUGGUCAAGCGUUGUUCUUUGCUGCAACAGUGUUAACUACAAUAGGUUAUGGAAGAGUUACUCCCCUUUCAGAUGGCGGGAAAGGAUUCUGUAUACUGUACGCCAUUAUAGGAAUUCCUCUGACACUAAUCCUAUUUACAGCCUUGGUAGAGAGACUGAUGGUACCAGCUAAACUAUUCCUCUUAUUUUUAUACCGGAAGUUCGGCCAUCUUUAUAAAAUAUUCCACAUCCAGUUGAUGCAUCUAUUUAUAGCGCUUACACUCUUCAUGGUUUUAUUCCUCCUAGUACCGGCGGCCAUCUUUACUGUUUUAGAACCUAAAUGGAACUAUUUGGAUGCUUUCUAUUACUGUUUUAUAUCGCUAACUACCAUUGGUUUAGGAGAUUAUAUUCCGGGGGAUUCUGCGCAGCAACAAUAUCGAGCUAUAUACAAGUUAUCUACGACAGCAUAUCUGUUAUUAGGUCUAGUCAUGUUGAUGUCAGUAUUAGCCGUUGUUUAUGAAAUACCCGAAUUAAACCUAGGAUUCCACUUCUACAUGAAGAGUGACGGCGAGGACGAGGAACAAGUUAAUCUAAAAUCCAGCAUGGAUCAAACCGGAACUAAAUACACUAAACAUAAAGAUGAAGAUAUGGAAGGGGAAUCCAGUUACCAGGAUCAGACGGUACCACCCGGAAGACCAGUAGAUGACAAGUAGUGGAUGAAAUAGGACUAUUAUAACAAAUCUAAAACCUUUCUUUAUUUAUAGACUUUUAAAUCGUAUCCUAGUCAAUUGAUUCAAUGUAUCAGUAAUGAUCUCAAGUAUUAUCAAGGCACGUGGUAAAUUGAGAAUAUGAAACAAUCAUGAUAUUUACAGGAAGACAAUAUCCCCCUCCUCCCCCACCCCCUCUAAUCCCCCACCCCCUUUUUGAAAAUAAUUAGCCAUGAAAGGAUAAAAGGAUAUAGGAAAUGAUAAGGAUAUCAAGGGGGCGCCUCCUUUUCCCCAGAUCUUUCAAAAACUUAAAAAGUAUGGAAACCAAUAUGGAUUUCAAAUGGGGGGGGGGCACCCAUUUUCGAUAUCCUUGAAAAUAAUUAGGGAUUAAAAAGCAUGGAAAUCGCGAUAUAUUCUUCCAGACUGUAGAAUAGUAACAUUCUUUGUUUAUGUUAAGCUAAACGACUAUUAUACCUUCGGAUAAUGUGUAAAAGCUGAGGAUUAAUACUAGUUUAUUUUCACGUUAUUUUUUUAUGUAAAACUGACGAUAUCCAUAAGUUAAAGUAUGUAGCUUAGGUUGAUAUCAAAAAUAUAACAUAAAUAUGUGUUAUAGUUUAUUACAGACAGAGCUUAGGUUAAUAUUUAAAAUACAACAUAAGUAUGCGUUAUAAUUUAUCAAAGAUAGAGCUUAGGUUGAUAUAAUAUAAUAUAACAUGUGUUACAGUUUAUAUACAGAUAGAGCUUAGGUUGAUAUAAUAUAAUAUAAC